UCCAUCAAAGAAAAAGAACUAAAAAAAGUUGUAAAACCCAGCGAGCAUCGCCCUUCUUCGCUUUGUUGGUGUUCGUACUUUUGGCAGAUAGCUUUGUUUCCCUUUGCAGUGUAUUGUUGAACUAAAAGGAAAAAAAAUAAAAAUAAAAAUGGACAUAGCACUCUUUUCUCCGUCUUCACUUUUUGCCGAUGCCGAAGAAGUCUCUGUUGACGAGGAAGUUACAGAUGUCCAUCAGAGCUUUGUGGAGAGGAGACACCAGUUUCCUGGCAUGGAGUUGGUUAUUCGAGAAUUUUCCUUCCACCAGUUGAAUGCUAACUUACUCUGGCCAGGUACGUUUGCAUUUGCAGAAUGGUUAGUUCAACAUCAUUCAUGGAUAGAAGGUCGUCGUUGCCUUGAAUUGGGAAGUGGGACUGGAGCUUUGGCUAUUUUCCUUAAGAAAUCAUUUAAUCUUGACAUAACAACAUCAGACUAUGAUGAUCAGGAAAUUGAAGAGAACAUAGCUCAUAACUGCCAGGCAAAUGGAAUUAAGCCUGUCCUUCCUCAUGUAAAGCAUUCAUGGGGGGAAACCUUUCCAAGUGCUGAACCAGACUGGGACCUUAUCAUAGCAAGUGAUAUCCUAUUGUAUGUCAAGCAGUACCCUAACUUGAUAAAGUCUCUCUCUUUUCUCCUAAAAUCUUACAAGUCAAAAGAUGACAAAGCUAUUCCUUCUGUAGGAAAUGACCAGAGUAGCGGAAUGUGUAUGGGGUUGGCUGUACCGGCAUUUCUAAUGAGCUGGAGACGCAGAAUUGGCAAGGAGGAUGAAUCACUCUUCUUCACCGGCUGUGAGAAUGCUGGUCUUGAAGUAAAGCAUAUUGGAUCCCGCGUGUAUUGCAUCAAACCAAGAGAAAAUAUGGUGUCCACCACUGGUAGUAUUGAUGAUUGAAGCUGGUAUGAAAUUUAAGAAUGGCAGUUUCUUCUUUGUGGUCUAAAUCGGGAGCAUGGUCUUAUUUAGUGAAGUGGCAAACGAGAAUUUGUUAAUUUUGAAGGUUUUUUUAAUGCGUGAUGUUGAUGUUUCUCUUGAGACAAUAAAAUUUUGUCAUAGUGUCAGCUCUGGGAGUUUGCAACAUUUGUAACAAAAACCAUUUUCAAUGGAUUAAAUACACUUUGAAAGCCCUUUAAGAUA